ACUCCGUCAGUCCGCCCGCCGCAGCUACAUGCGCGGCCGCGCGCUGACCGCGAUACGUUACGCGCAAAAAUUGACGUCAAAAAACACGCGUGUGUCUCGAGUGUCACUGCAAAAUCGCAAGGGGAAGCCUAAAAAUGCGCAGGAACGUGAAAAUAUUGUUUGUUUUGGGAACGGCGUGGAUGUUUGUGUUAUUUUACUACAUGCAGCCGGAGGCCACGGUGAAUAAGGAAGAAAAUAUAGCCCUCCGGCUCAUCAAACAGCACGCAGAUGUCGAGGAGCCAGAAAGCAGUCCCACUUCUCCUGAAGAGUACGGGAUCGGAAGUACGGGGAAGUACUUCGAUGAGGUCGGAUACGUCGCGGGGGGGUCGAAGGACAUUGACCCCUACGUCCGGAAUCGAUUCAACCAGGCAGCCUCGGAUAGCUUACCUAGCAAUCGGGCAGUGCCUGAUACUAGAACGGCUAUGUGCCGCCUAAAGAAGUACGAUGAAGAUCUACCUCAAACAAGUGUGAUAAUAACAUUUCAUAAUGAAGCUCGCUCGACACUCCUGCGCACCAUUGUCAGUGUCCUGAACCGGAGUCCGGAAAACUUGAUCAAAGAAAUAAUUUUAGUAGACGACUUUAGUGAUAAUCCGGAAGACGGCGCGGCCCUUCGCGCUAUACGCAAAGUUCAAGUGAUAAGGAACUCGAAACGCGAAGGGCUCAUGCGGUCGAGAGUGCGCGGGGCGGACGCAGCCACCGCGCCCGUCCUCACCUUCCUGGACUCCCACGUGGAGUGCAAUGUACUCUGGCUUGAGCCUCUUUUACAGAGGAUAAAGGAGGAUCCCACCAGAGUAGUCUGCCCCGUCAUAGACGUUAUCAGCAUGGACACUUUCCAGUACAUCGGUGCGUCGGCAGACCUGCGCGGCGGCUUCGACUGGAACCUGGUGUUCAAGUGGGUAUACCUGACGCAUGCAGAACGAAGCGCCCGCCUCAGUGACCCGACACAAGUGAUCAGGACUCCAAUGAUCGCCGGAGGACUGUUCAGUAUGAACCGCACCUACUUCAACAAGCUCGGCAAAUACGACAUGAAGAUGGACGUAUGGGGUGGAGAGAAUCUAGAAAUAUCUUUUAGGGUAUGGCAGUGCGGCGGAUCGCUAGAGAUUGUGCCCUGUUCGCGUGUAGGGCAUGUCUUUCGCAAACGUCAUCCAUAUACUUUCCCCGGUGGCUCCGGCGCUGUCUUCGCGAGGAACACCAGGCGAGCCGCUGAAGUAUGGAUGGACGAUUACAAGGAGCUUUAUUACCGGUCUCAACCUCUGGCCAAGCAGGUCGAGUAUGGAGACAUUUCAGAAAGAGUCGCAAUCCGCGAGAAACUCCACUGCAAACCCUUCCGGUGGUACCUUGAGCACGUGUAUCCUGAGUUGCAAGUACCUUCGUUAGGAGGCGGCUCUUACGCCAUUAGACAAGGGUCCAAGUGUUUGGACACUAUGGGCCACCUUGUUGAUGGAACUGUGGGCAUGUAUCCUUGCCACAACACAGGCGGAAACCAAGAGUGGCGUUUUGACAAUGGACUGAUACGCCAUCAUAGUCUCUGCGUUUCUCUAUCACCUGAUGACCGCGUCACAGCAGUUCUAGUCGCCUGUGACUCCUUAGACGAAGCACAGCUUUGGAAACGGAGGGGUCUUCUUAUCAGGCAUGCUAAGUUGGACGCUUGUCUUGAUACAGACCGGCCUGCGUUGUACUUAGAACGUUGUGACAGUGAAAAGUUGAGCCAGCAAUUCACAUUCUAGUAUUGAGUUUUCCUUGUGUAAAAGUGUCCUUAUUUUACAUUCGCAAUGAUUUUUGCACUAUGAAGCUGUUGCUCUCUUGCAAUUUGUAUUUACGAGAGUGAUUGCAAAAUGUCGAUUUUACGCGUUUUAGGGAUUUUACUUGUGUUGGCGGGAAUGACAGUCAUGUGUAAAAAUAUUUGAAUAACUUCAUAUACCUUCUUCUUUGAGUCCACAUUUCAUAUACUUACAGUUUGCUCGCUACCCACUCAGAAGCGUGUGCAAAAAUACUUGAAAUUUGAGUUUUAUUUACACAAUAUUUAGUUUUUGAUACAAUAUCUAUAUUAACUUUAUUCUUCUUCUUCUUUUGGUGCCUCUCC